AUGGCAGGGACCGCCCCCGCAGCCCCGCGCCUCUGGCUCUGCGCGGCCCUGAUGGGCUGCCUGGCCGCUGCCGGGGCCCGCCGGAGAGUUCUUGAGUGCUCUCCUGCUGGACAUCAGAUCCUGCAGAGUCCUUACCGAAGCGUUGAUUUUGAUUCAUCCCAUCUCCAGCAAUCAGCUAUUCAGGAUUUGAUCUGUGACCAUUCCCUAACACCAGGAUGGUAUCGCUUUAUGAUUUUCGAUAAGCCUGCUGAGAUGCCAACCAAGUGCGUGGAGAUGAAUCACUGUGGAACUCAAGCCCCUAUCUGGCUGUCUCUGAGGGAGUCAGAAUCCAUGCCUCGACCUGGUGAGAUCAAACAGUUAACAGCUUGUGCUACAUGGCGGUUUUUCUUCAGCACUUCAAAAGACUGCUGUCUUUUCCGAAUCCCUGUCAGGGUGAGGAACUGUGGAGAUUUCUUUGUUUACUUACUGCAGCCCACCCAAGGAUGCAUGGGUUAUUGUGCAGAAGGUAACCUGGCUGCUACAUCAGCUCCAUCUGUGUCACCACCACUACCAUCCAUUCCUGAAGUUGUAGCAGAGAUGAUCAAAGGCAGCAUUUACUUAAGGUGUACCUUUGGCGUUCCUUCUGCAAACAGCUCUGUUGGAUUCCUUGUAACUUGGUCAAGACUUUCCCCUGAAGGUAUCAAAGAAGAACUUACACACGAAACAGCAGUUCAUACCUUCUCACUUCUAGAACUAGAUGGGAUAAACGUCAGACUUGGAGACAGAGUCUACUGUAGCAGUUCUACUUUUUUCAUGGAGAAGCCAGAUAUACAAAGCUCUUCAGUUGAGAGCAAGGAAUUUUUUGCUGGAAUUAAGAUACAUCCAGAAACUUAUGAUAUAUCAGAAGAUGGGAAGGAAUACAGACUGACAAUAGAAAGUAGCAUUCCUAUUCCUUGUCCUGAGUUCAGCCAGCUUGAAAGUGACUGCAAAAUCUCACUGACAUUAAAUAGUGUUGAUGAAGGUAAAGAACAGUUAGGUUUAAACUUGGCUCUUUCUUCUUGUCAUGUGGAUCUUCUCCAGAAACCCUGCAAUAAUGGAAUCUGUAGUCAAGCUGUAAUUUAUUUCACUGCUGUGACAGACUUCAUGCAAGAUGGAGACAGAAUUACCAGAAUUGCAGUUGAACCUAUAUCCAGUGAGAAUUUCCUGUGGAAUGGCUAUGUUCCAGAAAGCACACAGAUUACAGUUAAGGAUCUACCCACUGCCUACUGCUACUCAUUUACUGAUCCUCAUAUAAUUACGUUUGAUGGAAGAGCCUAUGACAAUUUUAAAAGAGGAACAUUUGUUCUCUAUAAGAGUACAUCUCGAGAUUUUGAAGUUCACGUUCGCCAGUGGGACUGUGGAAGUCUUCACUACCCAGCAUCCUGCAACUGUGGCUUUGUUGCCAAGGAAGGAAGUGAUAUAAUUGCAUUUGACAUGUGCAGUGGUCAGCUACAUGAAUCACAACCACACUUAUUUGUAAUAAACAGAGACACAACAGGAAGCAAUGUCAGAGUCACUGAAUCCUACCUAGGAAGAAAAGUAACAAUUUUGUUUUCUUCUGGAGCUUUCGUUCGUGCUGAUGUGAGCAAAUGGGGAAUAAGCAUAACGCUUAGGGCCCCCAGUUCAGAUUACAGACAUACAGUGGGACUCUGUGGCACCUUUGAUGGAAUUGCGGAGAAUGACUAUCACACUGCAAGUGGGGUGGAAAUCCCAAAUCAUGCUAAUGUUCCUUUUUCUUUUAUUAAGGAGUGGAGAAUUUUACCAGGAGAUAGCUUGUUUGACAAAACACCUGUUUCUUUAACAUCUUCGAGAAAAGUAGUCUUCUGUGACUGUGCACUUGAAGAUGAUGGAUUAUAUCCAUCAGUGAACAAACUGGGAACAGUUUUUCAGUCAGAACUUCCACUGUCUUGUAAAGAAAGUGCAAGUGUUAGAUUUCUUUCUUUGAUACCAGGACUGGAUGUCACUGCUGAGUAUCUUGGUCCUAUUGAUCUUGUCAGAGGCUUUAAGAAACGUUCAUCUGCACAUGAAAUGGAUUCAUCUACACUUCUGCAGAGGCAGGAUAAUCAAACCAAACUUCACAAAACAUCACGAGUAAACUCACGUGUCUCGGCAACCUCAGGGAGAAAUAUUGGUAUAGAAAGAGAAGGAAGUUCAAGCUCAGGCAUUAGAAAAAAUUCUCAUCGUUACAGUAGUCAUCUUCUCAAAAGUCUGUCAGUUACAAGUAGAGGGAAGCGUCAAAAUUAUUAUGACUACCAUCCAGUAUUCCUAUUCCAAAGUCUCAGCCAAACAGACUUAGAGGAAUAUAGUUAUUUUUUCCCAGAGGACCAUGCCACUGACGCAGACCAAAAGUUCCUUCCUUCUUGGCCCACACCUUCAGGCCUCACCGAGUCUAGUGCUCUGUUACUCUGCCAGCAGGCAAUAGCUAAUUCCAGUAUAGGAAGAUCUUGUGGUGCCCUUCUUGGCCGGCGAACAGAGGAUGCAAUCAAUAUGUGUGUUAAAGAUUUGCUGCUGAAAGAUGACCUCAGUUGGGCAGAAGCUUCCUUACCUCUUCUGGAGAAUGAAUGUGAGAGAAGAAUUUUAGAAGAAAUAAAUUACAACCCACAGGAACUUGAAGGCUCAGUUGAGAGCCUACUUACUGCAUUAAAGUGUCCCAGUCUCUGCAGUGGUAAUGGGGAAUGUACAGAAUGGGGCUGUGCAUGUUUUCAAGGCUACAGCUCGUAUGACUGCAGCAUACUGUCUGAUGAGGCUCCAGAAAUUACAGAGCUGGAGAAUGCUGGGCUGUGUGAUAUUCGACAGUAUGACUGCACAUCAGCGAGAGUUUUUGGACAUGGCUUCAGGGAGUCAUUGAAUCUGAAAUGUGAAAUCAUCAAACUGCAAUAUAGUAAUAGACAAUGGAUUCCUGGAGAACUUCUAACUAUGCCAGCUGUCUUCCAAAAUGCCAGGACUGUCUACUGCCAAUUACCAAAUGAUGGCCAGCAGUCUGAUGUCAUGGAUGUGGUUGAUGAUAAACCCAUUGCCAAGUGGCAAAUAAAGAUUUCUAAUGAUGGACUCAUUUAUAGCAACUCUAAAACAAUGAUAUUAUAUGAUGGAGCCUGUCAGAUAUGUGAAUCACAAGAAUCUGGAUUAUGUACGUUAAAGGAGAAAACAUGCAACAUAGAUGGACUCUGUUAUGGUGAAGGAGACACAAAUCCAACCAGCCCUUGCUUACUCUGCAGACCUGACAUAUCGAAGUUAACUUGGUCAGUUGUUGAAAACAAUCAGCCUCCAGUCCUUGAAACUUCUCAGGUUAUGCUACAGACUUUUUAUGGAGAAGAUUUUGUAUAUCAGUUUUUGGCUUCAGAUCCAGAGGGCUCUGCUAUUCAUUUCACAUUGGAUUCUGGUCCAGAAGGUGCCAGUCUUUCCCCAUCAGGUCUCCUUUUGUGGAAAGCUGUGUCAGCAAAUCUCCAUAAAUUAACAUUUUCUUUGACAGAUGACUGCAAUGCAACAACUAAGGUAGAAAUAGAGGUCAGUGUAAAAUCAUGUGAUUGCCUAAAUAAUGGCUCAUGUGUGACAAACAUUAAUUUCCCACCUGGAAGUGGAAGAUAUCUUUGUGUGUGUGUGGCUGGAUUUGAAGGUGAUCUCUGUGAAGGGAAUACUGAUGACUGUAGACUUAACCAGUGUGGUAUUGGCAGAUGUGUGGAUGGAAUAAACAGCUAUUACUGUGAAUGUCCACCUGAACUUCAAGGUAAACACUGUCAAGAGGAUGUAGAUGAAUGUGUAUCCAGUCCUUGCUUCCCUGGAGUAUUUUGCUUCAAUACUUUUGGUUCUUACUAUUGUGGUCCAUGCCCAAAUAAUCUGCAAGGAGAUGGGAAGUCAUGUUAUGAAAGCUUUGAAGACACUGAUGUUGAAAGGAAGGAUUCCACAGGAGAAAUUGGAGGAAAUAAAGGGUUUCAACAAUCAUCCUUUGAGAAGGUUUUAAGCAUCUCAAGCUAUAUUCCCAGUUCUACAGAUGUCUCAAAGAGAUUUAUUUCUACAGAAAUGGUCAGUAGCAGCGCACCACCAGCCUCCACAGUAAAAACAAUCACUGCCUGGAAGUCACUUAAUUCUCAGAGAAGUGCUUCUUUACAACCUGCUGUUACUGGAAACAUUGCUCACACUCUCAGGACCAUCAGUGGUCACCUUGCUGACAUGGAAGUGAGUUCUUCAGUACAUACUGUGAUGACUGCAUCUUCAGAGAGCCAUGCUGUAUCACCUGAGAAGAAAACAAGGCCACAAACUGAGGCCUACAGCUAUUUUGACACUAGCAGGAAGACUUCUCCUAGCAGCAGAGCAAAUAUAAGCAAAGGACUUUCUUUGCCAAGCAAAGCAUUCAAAGGUGGCAAUGUUCAGAGAGUUCUGCACCUAUUAGCCAAGCAUAAAGCAAGUAAUUUACCUUUUGCCCCUGUCAAAGUCACUGUCCCACCAAAAAUGCUUCCUGAAGAACUGAGUGAAGCAGUGAUUCCUAAAGCAAUAACCUGUACUGACUUACCCUGUUUUCCUGGUGUACACUGUGAGCCAAGUCAGGAUGGAAGCAUCAGGUGUGGUCGUUGUCCUUAUGGUUAUUAUGGAGAUGGCUUCACUUGCAGAGCAAGAUGUAGACAAACAUGUGGCAAAAAUAUGGAGUGUGUGGCACCCAAUAUUUGUAAAUGCAAGCCUGGUUAUGCUGGUUUUAACUGUCAGGCUGCUCUGUGCAGACCUGAUUGCAAAAACCAUGGGAAGUGCAUUAAGCCAAAUGUCUGUGAAUGUCUACCAGGAUACAGUGGCUCCACUUGUGAGGAAGCACAUUGUAAACCACCCUGUCAAAAUGGAGGCACGUGUUUGGCCAGAAAUCUCUGCACCUGCCCAUAUGGCUUUGUGGGACCAAGAUGUGAUACAAUGGUUUGCAACAGACAUUGUGAAAAUGGUGGUGAAUGUCUCACUCCAGACAUCUGCCAGUGUAAACCUGGGUGGUACGGACCUACAUGCAGUACAGCAAUGUGUGAUCCUGUGUGUCUCAAUGGUGGUUCCUGUACUAAGCCAGAUGUCUGCCUCUGUCCACAUGGAUUCUUUGGUGCCCAGUGUCAGAAUGCUGUCUGCAGCCCGCCUUGUAAGAACGGUGGUCAUUGCAUGAGAAAUAAUGUCUGUACUUGUCCUGAUGGGUACACAGGUGGAAGAUGUGAAAAAAGUAUCUGUGAGCCAAGGUGUAUGAACGGAGGAAGAUGUGUCGGCCCAAACAUUUGCUCUUGUCCUUCAGGAUGGAGAGGAAAAAGAUGUGACAUUCCAAUCUGUCUUCAGGAAUGUAAGAAUGGUGGGGAGUGUAUUGGACCGAGUACAUGUCACUGUCCUCCGCAGUGGGAAGGAAUCCAAUGUCAAACACCUGUAUGCAACCAGAAGUGUCUGUUCGGAGGCAAGUGUGUGUUGCCCAACGUAUGCUCUUGUCGUCCAGGUUAUACUGGAGUCCUCUGUGGGAAGAAAAUUCAGGUACAUGUGGAGUCAAGAUGCCAUCACAGAUACAGUGAUUUGGGAGUCAUUAUCUAGUCCAUCCUGUCCAAUGAAGCAGCACGAUAUACACCAAAUGUGUAUUUAGUCUGAUUUCUCCCUUUCAGUCUUCAGUGAGGGAAAAUUAAUGAAAUUCCUAAGAGCUAUUCCAGUAACUUUUAGGCUUUAAUACUUAAAAAAUUGUUCUCAACACCUAAUGUACAUUUCCUUUGUUUCAAAUUAAGCUGAUUAUCUCUUGUCAUGCAGCAGGGAUUGGUAACUAUCCUCUUCACAACCACUAUUCUCUCUUCCAGCAUCUGGCCCCAUUUUAGGGAGAAGUGUCCCGCUGUUGACUUUCUUAGCUUGCAUCAAGUCAAGCCCUGAUCUUUUCCCAACUAACUACACUGCCACUCAGUUCAUCCCUGUUUUAUACAAAUGUUCAUUAUCCCAAAGUGUAACUUGGGAAUAGCUUUACUUUUUUGCAUCAUAAGGUAUAAUGGUGAUUUCUCUGUUUUGUCACACAAUUUUCUGUUGGAUUCCCUUGCUUGAGUGCUGACAGUCACUCACUGAAGUAGUUUAAUUAAACAUUUCCUUACAAGUAACUUCUUUGUGACAUCUGAAGUAAAAGUAUGCUCUUCUUGCAUCAUCUGUAGUGUUUCUCUUAAUUUCAAUGUAUAGACACUUUUCUGGUGCCAGCAGAAUUGAGAGAUGGGGCAGAUAUGCUUCAGAAAUUGAAAGAGAGAAAUGCUCAUACAUCUUUUGAAAAUACAAAACUACACAUCUUAUGACAAUAAGAGACUAUUUUUUUCAAUAUGGAUUUCCAAAAUUGGCCCUAAAGAGAGAAAUAUUUUGAUUUAAAUGU